CUGAACUUUCGAAAUCGUGUGUGAAGAAAAGGCAUUCUUUAACAAUCACUUCGCUUGUUGAAAGCCAUUGUGAAUCGUAGAAAAAGCAUUUAAAGCCAGUGGGAAUGUUAAAUGACAUUUGGAGGGUUUUUCCUCUCUGAUAAGCGAUGAGUUCCGGAAAUAGUGAAACUAAUUUUACCAUCGACGAAAGAAUUGUCGACGGCGUUGCCUCUGAAAACAUCGUUUUCGCAACGAUUUACUCAAUCAUUGUGUUUUUUGGUGUGAUUGGCAACGGUGUUGUGAUCGCCAUCGUGUGUAAAACGCGAUCCAUGCAUACAACAACAAACUAUUUGCUGGUGAACUUAGCCCUGGCCGAUUUACUGUCACUGUUGUUCUGUCCGGGCUUUUAUGAUUUCUCUUUACAUAACGUAAGACUGAGUCAAACCACUGGGGAUUUCAUUUGCAAGGUGUUUGCAGGAAAUGCUGUGCUCUCUGUCACUGUUCUAGAGUCUAUUUUCACAUUGACGGUCAUAGCUGUGGAAAGGUACUUUUCUCUCGUGAAACCAUUUAACACAAAUGCAAGACUUGGUAAAGGAAACGUCCGUCAUGCAAUUGUCGCAACGUGGGUAUCAGCGUUGCUACUAUGUUUACCAGGAUUUUUAUCGAACGACUACGAUCCAGAGGCUAGAGCAUAUCCUUGUAAUCGACCAUGGACUCUCGAUCGACUCACGCCGUAUAAAAGGACGUAUAUAAUUGUAUUUUGCAGUCUGUUUAUUGUGAUGCCCACAGUUGUGAUUCUGUUUUGUUACUGCUCUGUUUUCUAUGGAAUACACUUUAAGAGAAACAUCUGUUGUGAAAACUCCGCUGAAAGUGGAGAAGCGGAAAAAUCCAAGAAACACCUUUUAAAGUUACUUGUCUCUCUCGCUGUAGCUUUUGCUGUUUGUUGCAUUCCGUUUGCAGUGUUCUUUAUUUACGUCUCCCUUAUCUCAAAGAGUACACUGAAACAAAAUUACUACUCUCUUCACCUUGUACACCGAGUGGUUCGCUUUUUUCUUAUUCUCAACUCUUUUAUCAAUCCUGUCCUUUACGCAGCGCAAAGUUCUAACUACAGACAAGGACUGAGGAGAAUUAGCCGACGCUUUUUAAAAACACGUUCAAACAGAAUGGCAGAAAAUAAUCAAGAACAUUUAGAACUCGGCGAAUAGCAGAAAUUUCUUGCACUUGUAGAAGUAACCUGAGUUUAGAGUUUUUUUGUUAAAUUUAUGCUGCUUUAGUAGUAAAAACCAUCGCAAAGAUAUGGAAGCUCAAUAUUGCUAUCUUUCGCACCCAAUUUCUUCAAUUAACAUUGAUAAAGACGAUGAAAUCUGAGGAUAUGCAUUGGUGAAGGGAACAAGGAAGAUCAAUUUUUCCCUCUCGAGGAAGUUGUUCGAAAAUACACAAAUGUGAAAGCUGAUUUUCCUUUCAUCUCAACGUCAUUGUGAUAGUCAUGGCAACUAAAUGAACUCGAGAUUGCUCAAAUGACUCUUUAUUUGGCUUAUGAGAACAAGGAAAUUAUACAUAGAAGAUUCAAAUUUAUCAAUCGAUUAUUCACUCAAGGGUAAGUGCAAGUGACGCUGUGGACUUGCAGGUGAAUUUUCCAGAAUAUGGUGAUUGGCAGGUGAAUAUUCAGUACGCACUAAGGCCUUCAGACUCAGAGGUUUGACAGAAUAUUUGACGACCUCCGCCCGGCGAUAUUAGAUUACAGUCUAUCUAAGUCGACUGUGGAUGAUGUUAAGACGAUUCUCGAGUGAAAAUGUAAACUACUUUGUUUUUUAUUUAUUUAUUUAUUUUUUUUUAGCAGAUAACACUUCAGAACUGAAUCAUGAAUAUUCCGAUGGCAUAUUUUGGAGCACUUUAUGCUUUCCGCAGCGUUAGCGCCAAGCAUACCUGGCGCCUUUAAUCCCAUUCGGAUCGGCAGCGUGUUUUUGAAAUGAUUAAUGAUGAUUAAUGAUUGCAACGACCUUUGUGCGAAAAUUGAAGCGAUUUGUAAUGUUAUUAGACAGUAGGCAUGAUUGGUUUCAAUCUAUCUGGAGCACCUAUUCUAUUCAGAUAUUCGUGGUGUCAGAUUCCGUUUAGAAAAGCGUGUUUAUUUAAUAUUUUUAAGGUUCAGCUAUUGUUUAAAAUCAUAAA